AUGGCUGAUCGGUGGCAUCCAAAAGACCGCCGUAAGAUCCGCCGUAGCCUCGAAAUUUGGUUACAGACUGGGAAGCCGGCAUCUCAUGUAUACCAGGAACAGCUCAAAACGACUUCGCAGGAUGAUUCUUUUCCACCAGCGGAGCAUUUUGAAUCAUCUGUAUUGGACGAUCAUCUGGUUUUUUGGACUCAUGCGUCUGCUAGAGAAUUGCAUCCUAGACUCGAUAGACGUGUGGAUGAGAUGAUAUCAAGGGGACUUGUCGAGGAAGUAAAGUCCAUGCAUGAGUUUUCACAGGAAAGUCGCACCCAAGGACUCACAGUUGAUCAAGGACGUGGUAUCUGGAUCGCUAUUGGUUACAAGGAAUUGCUACCCUUCCUUUCACAUCCAAAACCUUCAACUACCGAUAAAGUACAGUGUGUUGAGCGUAUAAAGUUAUCGACGAGGCAGUAUGCUAAGCGGCAGUCCCGAUGGAUGCGGCUGAGAAUGCUCCCAGCCUUGAGACAAGUGCGAAAGGAUGGAUUUCUGUUCUUGCUCGACGCCUCCGAUCCUUCAACCUGGUCAUCAACGGUGGAGGCACUAGCUAUUGACAUCUUGCGAAAGUUUCUUGAUGGUCGCCGUCUACCAAUGCCAGAUUCGUUGUCUCAACUCGCGCGGGAAUCUCUCGUGGUAGAGGAGAAGCCAGCGAUGUUGGCGCAGUACUGCGAAGCUUGCGACAAAACCUUGAUGUGUGAGGCUGAAUGGACUCAACAUCUGAAGGGUAGAGGCCAUCGAAAAGCAACGCAACCAAGAAAUAGCCAUCAUAGCCAAUUCCUUAAAGUCGGUGAUCCAUAG